UUUUGUUUUCGUGGCGAUUGCUUGAACCGUUUUUCUUUCGUUCGCCAACUUCGCGUAAGGGUCACGUGUCAUGUCGUCACGAAGAAAACGCGGGAAUUUUCUGCGUUACAAAACAAGUGUUUCUGGAUGUGUCGUUACUCAGUGGCAAGGACAGUUUUCCUCAAACUUUCUUCUUCAUUCCGAUCUUUCUACCUAUUUUCCCGUCGGAGGGUCUUAAGACGAGAGGGAUGAUGGGAAGGAAGAUGAGAGGACUGGGAAAGAAUCAGCAAUGGAAGAGAAAAGUCACGUGUUAUGUCACGAAGAAAAACGCGGGAAUACAUAACAAGUGCUGUUGUAUGUGUUGUUACUCAGUGGCAAGGACGUUUUUCGUGAUCGCCGAACUUUCUUCUUCGUUCCGAUCUUUCUACCUAUUUUCUCGUCGGAGGUCACAUCAACAGUUAUUUCGGAAUAACUUCAGAUUUGUCUGCAUGGCGAGCGAACCUCCAGCUAAGCGAACCAAGAAAGAAAUCGCUGAAACAAGCGACAGCAAUGGCGGAGACGAAAGUAUUCUGGCCACAUACAUGGCGAAAAGACAAAAAGUUUGUAAAUCCGUGGUCGAUUUUAAAUUCGAUAAGAAAAGAGUGCGGCUUAUUACAUCCAAUGUAGAUAUGCCAGAGACUUGCAAAGGAAUCGCUUACUGGAUGUGGAGAGAACAAAGAGUUCAGGACAACUGGGCUUUACUGUAUGCCCAAAGAAUGGCCAUUAAACAGGAAGUACCACUCGUUGUGUGCUUCUGUUUGCCAUCCAAAUACCUUGAUGCUGCAUUCAGGCAGUACAGUUUUAUGAUCACAGGUCUCCAAGAGGUUGAAAAGGAGCUGACCGAGUUAAAUAUUCCCUUUCAUAUGCUUCUUGGUGAACCAGACAAAGUCCUUCCAGAUUUUAUUAAAUCCAAGGAAAUAGGUGGUGUUGUAACAGACUUUACACCAAUGAGAACACCAAUGAAAUGGCUGGAGAAUACUGCUAAAGAAUUACCAAAAACUGUUCCAGUUUGCCAGGUGGAUGGCCACAACAUUGUCCCUUGUUGGCAGGCAUCUCCAAAGUUGGAGUACGGUGCAAGAACUAUUCGACCUAAAAUUCAGGGCCAGUUAAAGCAGUUCCUUACAGAAUUUCCACCUGUGAUUAAGCAUCCUUAUGUUGCAAAAGAUGCAGCAAAGAAGACAGUGGACUGGAAAGCUGUGGAUGAGUUCAUUGAAGUUGAUCGUAGUGUCAAAGAGGUUGAAUGGGCCAAACCAGGAACUAAAGCUGGACUGGAAAUGCUGGAAACAUUUUGCCACGAGAGACUCAAGUAUUUUGCUACAGAUAGAAAUAAUCCAACUAAGAGUGCUCUGAGUAACUUGUCACCUUGGUUCCAUGCAGGUCACAUCAGUGCACAACGAGCAAUACUUAGAGUCAGAGAAUUCCGCAACAAAUCUAAAGAGUCUGUCGAGGCCUUCAUUGAAGAGGCAGUAGUAAGGAGAGAGUUGGCUGACAACUUUUGUUUCUACAAUCUGGAUCACUACGACUCCAUCAAAGGGACGAAUGCAUGGGCGCAGAAAACUUUACAAGACCAUGCUCAGGACAAGCGGGAAUAUUUGUACACAAGAGAACAACUUGAAAAUGGGCAAACUCACGAUGACCUGUGGAAUGCUGCUCAGCUUCAAAUGGUCAAUGAAGGUAAAAUGCAUGGUUUUCUGCGGAUGUACUGGGCUAAGAAAAUCCUUGAGUGGACAGCAUCCCCUGAAGAAGCUUUACAGGUGUCUCUCUACCUCAAUGACAAGUUUGAACUGGAUGGAAAUGACCCUAAUGGUUAUGUGGGCUGUAUGUGGUCUGUGUGUGGAAUACAUGAUCAAGGUUGGGGUGAGAGGCCUGUGUUUGGCAAAAUCCGUUACAUGAACUACAACGGCUGCAAGAGAAAAUUUGAUGUGGCUGAAUUUGUGCGAAAAUAUGGGCCAGGAAAGGAUAAGAGCUCUGUUGCAUCUACAAAGAGUGUCCUAAACAGGAAAAGGAAGGCAAAGUGACUGCACAUGUAAAGAUUUAUUAUUUUUAAUUAUUCAGGAAGAUUUCUUGAGAGAACUGACAUUUUCUUGUGUUGUUGUAUUUGUAGAAAAGCCUAGCAUUCUUGGAUUACUCAGUUAUGCAUGUUACCAAAAUGUUUGUGCAAGGGAAAGAAAGCAAGUGAACUAGCUAUAAUUUUAUUUCUGUCACAUUAGUGCUCAUUCUUAUCCCCUUGAACUGUAUUGUAUAUUCCCCUAAACAGACCUUGUUAGCUUGGGUGGUUUGUUUUCCCACUACAGGUAACCUGAUAUUCUUUAGGAGAUUUUUAUUCUUUUAACCAUCUAAAAAUUAUGUACAGUAUUCACAUAUACAAGACUAUUUGAUAGUCUGAAAACGAGAAUUCUCAAGAGUUUCAUCACAUGGUCUGAAAUUGGGCAACAAACCUAUUAUAAACAAUAAUAGUUAUUAUUGGAUAAGGUUUUUGUGAUAUCCAAUAGGAGGUGCGGUGGCCUCAUGGUUAGUGCGCUCGUCU